CGAGACGGAAGGAACAACAUGUCCCUGUGCCGUCGCUGGAAGAGAUGCGUCUCUAUAGGACCCGUCUGUUCCCCCUCAGGCUAUAAGAAGGCGGAUGAUGAGAUGUCCGGAGCCACGUCCUCAGCGGAUCUGGACGAGGCACCAGCCCGCACCAUUUACGUGAACCAGCCCCAGCAGAGCAAGUUUCGUGACAACCAGGUCAGCACAGCCAAGUACAGCGUGGUGACGUUUCUACCUCGAUUCCUGUAUGAGCAGAUAAGAAAAGCUGCAAAUGCAUUCUUCCUCUUCAUUGCCUUAUUGCAGCAAAUUCCUGAUGUCUCUCCAACAGGAAGAUAUACCACCUUGGUGCCAUUGCUAUUUAUUUUAACUGUUGCUGGCAUCAAAGAAAUUAUAGAAGACUAUAAACGCCAUAAGGCAGACAGUGCAGUUAAUAAAAAGAAAACAAUAGUUCUAAGAAACGGGACGUGGCAGAACAUUAUUUGGAAAGAGGUGGCAGUAGGCGAUAUUGUGAAGGUCACCAAUGGGCAACAUCUUCCUGCAGACAUGAUCAUUGUAUCUUCCAGUGAACCUCAAGCAAUGUGCUAUAUUGAAACAGCUAAUCUUGAUGGGGAGACGAAUCUUAAAAUACGACAGGGAUUGUCUCAAACUGCUAGUCUUCAGUCAAGAGAAGAAUUGGUGAAAGUAUCUGGAAGGAUAGAAUGUGAAGGACCUAACAGGCACCUCUAUGACUUUGUUGGAACCUUGCGCUUAGAUGGUCAAAGUCCAGUUUCUGUUGGUCCUGACCAGAUCUUGCUAAGAGGUGCACAACUGAGGAACACUCAGUGGGUCUUGGGUAUUGUCGUGUAUACAGGACAUGAUACAAAACUCAUGCAGAAUUCAACCAAAGCACCUCUGAAGAGAUCAAAUGUGGAGAAAGUUACCAACAUGCAGAUCCUGGUGUUGUUCUGUAUCCUCCUGGUCAUGGCCCUUGUGAGUUCUGUAGGUGCCUUAUUAUGGAACAGAACCCAUGGUGAAGUCGUCUGGUACCUUGGUUCAAAUGAAAUGCUGUCUGUCAAUUUUGGAUACAAUUUGCUGACAUUUAUUAUCUUGUACAACAACCUUAUUCCAAUCAGUCUUCUGGUAACACUGGAAGUUGUCAAAUUUACUCAGGCUCUUUUUAUAAAUUGGGACAUAGAUAUGUAUUAUCCUGAAACAGAUACACCUGCAAUGGCCAGAACCUCAAACCUUAAUGAGGAACUUGGGCAGGUGAAAUACCUGUUUUCUGAUAAAACAGGUACUCUGACAUGCAAUAUUAUGAACUUUAAGAAAUGUAGUAUUGCUGGAGUAACAUAUGGUCACUUUCCAGAGUUGGAAACGGAGCGUUCAUCAGAAGACUUCAGCCAGCUACCUCCUUCCACCAGUGAAUCAUGUGAAUUUGAUGACCCAAGACUGCUGCAAAACAUUGAAAAUGACCAUCCCACAGCUGUGCACAUACAGGAGUUCCUCACCCUGCUGGCAGUGUGUCAUACUGUUGUUCCUGAGAGACAAGGAAACAAAAUAAUCUACCAGGCCUCCUCUCCAGAUGAAGGUGCAUUAGUGAAAGGAGCAAAAAGACUUGGUUACGUCUUCACAGGAAGGACACCACAUUCAGUUAUCAUUGAUGCGCUGGGAAAAGAAGAAACUUUUGAAAUUCUUAAUGUGCUGGAGUUUUCCAGUAACAGAAAGAGAAUGUCAGUAAUUGUUCGAACUCCAGCAGGACAACUACGUCUCUACUGCAAAGGGGCUGAUAAUGUAAUUUUUGAGAGGCUUUCAAAAGAUUCCCAGUAUAUGGAGCAAACACUGUGCCAUCUUGAAUACUUCGCCACAGAAGGUCUGAGGACUUUGUGCAUUGCUUAUGCAGAUCUGUCAGAAAAUACUUACAGAGAGUGGUUGAAUGUCUACAAUGAAGCCAGUACAAUUUUGAAAGACAGAACGCAGAAGCUGGAAGAAUGCUAUGAGAUCAUUGAGAAGGACUUACUGCUUCUUGGAGCUACAGCCAUUGAAGACCGCCUGCAAGCAGGUGUUCCAGAAACAAUAGCAACACUAAUGAAGGCAGAAAUCAAGAUAUGGGUUCUGACCGGGGACAAGCAGGAAACAGCUCUCAAUAUAGGAUACUCUUGCAGACUCAUUUCACAGAGCAUGUCUCUCAUCCUGGUCAAUGAAGAUUCUUUAGAUGCAACAAGAGCUGCUCUGACUCAGCAUUGCACCAGUUUGGGGGACUCUCUGGGCAAGGAAAAUGAUAUUGCUCUGAUUAUUGAUGGCCACACACUGAAGUAUGCCCUGUCAUUUGAAGUCAGGCAGAGCUUUCUGGACUUGGCACUCUCCUGUAAAGCAGUCAUCUGUUGCAGAGUGUCUCCUCUACAGAAGUCUGAAAUCGUAGACAUGGUCAAGAAACAUGUCAAUGCCAUAACACUUGCCAUUGGGGAUGGUGCCAACGACGUGGGAAUGAUCCAGACGGCUCAUGUCGGCGUUGGGAUCAGCGGGAAUGAGGGCAUGCAGGCAACCAAUUGCUCAGAUUAUGCUAUUGCACAGUUUUCCUACUUGGAGAAGCUGUUGCUGGUCCACGGGGCUUGGAGUUAUAACCGAGUUACUAAAUGUAUACUCUAUUGCUUCUACAAGAAUGUGGUUUUGUAUAUCAUUGAGCUUUGGUUUGCUUUCGUUAAUGGGUUUUCUGGACAGAUCUUAUUUGAGCGAUGGUGCAUUGGUCUAUAUAAUGUGAUUUUCACAGCGUUGCCACCCUUUACUCUGGGAAUUUUUGAACGAUCAUGUACUCAAGAUAGCAUGCUUAGAUUUCCACAGCUAUACAAAAUUACUCAAAAUGCAGAUGGGUUCAACACAAGGGUUUUCUGGGGUCACUGCAUCAAUGCCCUGAUCCAUUCCAUCAUUCUCUUCUGGUUUCCACUGAAAGUGCUGGAGCAUGAUGCUGUAUUCACAAAUGGCCAGGGAAUUGACUACUUAUUUGUUGGAAACAUAGUUUACACUUAUGUUGUAGUUACUGUUUGUUUGAAGGCUGGCUUAGAAACAACUGCAUGGACUAGAUUCAGCCACCUGGCCGUUUGGGGAAGCAUGCUGCUCUGGCUGGUGUUCUUUGGUGUCUACUCCGCCAUCUGGUCUGUGUUCCCCAUCGCGCCGGACAUGCUUGGGCAGGCUGGAAUGGUGUUGCGAUGUGGAUACUUCUGGUUUGGCUUAUUUCUCGUGCCCACUGCGUGCCUUGUUAAAGACGUGGCAUGGAGAGCGGCCAAGCAUGUCUACUGUAAAACUUUGCUGGAGGAGGUUCAGGAAUUGGAGACGAAGACCAGAGAGUUGGGAAAAGCCAUGCUUCGUGAUAGUAAUGGAAAGAGCGUGAACGAACGUGAUCAUUUGUUAAAAAGGCUUGGUAGGAAAACUCCUCCAAGCCUUUUCCGAGCUCAUUCUGUCCAGCAAAGUGUAUCACAUGGGUAUGCAUUUUCUCAAGAAGAACAUGGUGUUGUUUCCCAGUCACAAGUUGUUCGAUCCUAUGAUACAACCAAAAGGAGAGCAGAAGUGCAAUAAUGUGAUACUUUCCUUGAUUGGCGGUGGAAAUAAUGGGAUUUGGAUCGGUGCAUCCACUGUUAACACAUCCGUGACUAAGGUUGGCAGCAGCAGCAGCAGCGAAAACACCGGAGAACUCAUUUCUGUGGCCUUAGCCAACAGGUUUCUGUAUUCUCCCUGCAAACCUUGAGUACCUAUUGUGGGGAGGAAUCAUUGUUUGAAUUCGGUUGCAAAGCUCUGCCUAAACUGUUGUUUAUGUUGUUUGAAGCAUUUGACUGUGCUAUGUGAGGUGUGAAAUUAAAAACAAUCUUUUACCACUAUUUAAAACAUCAACAUAAGGUUAUUCUGGGGGAAAAGUAGAAAAUUUAUGUUCCAUGAGAAAUCAGCCUUUGCUUAAUUGGAACAGGGGUGCUGAGAUUUCCUGUUUUGUUACAGGCAGGCCAAGUGCACACGGCUGCAUGCAAACCUUAUUCUCUCUAAUAUUCACUGUUUACGAGAUUUGACUGAAGGUUUUAACAGACAAUUUGGCAUAAAACUCUCGAUCUCAAUGAAAACACAAUCUGUAGCAAAGAAUGCUUAUUUGCCUUCUCAUAACAGAAUAACACGAUAGCACUGAAUUAUAUAGAAUAUUUCUUGUCCUCUUACAGGAUUUAUUAUGACUGUAUCUUAGUUUUCUAAAAACCAGUUAAUAGCUUACUGUUAAAGCGAGGAUGUGGCACUCGGAGAGCUUGGCAGGGCAGCUGUGUUGAUGCAUGGCAUUCUGCACAAAGAUUUGAAAUAGGUGCCCCUGUUCUGGUAUCUCUGCAGGUUGUAUUUGAAUGUGCACUUCAAAUUUGGCCUAGGAUUUCCCUCUCUUAUCCCAUUCCCCUUUUAACAGUACAACAAAACAGUGAGAAUUUAAAAGGUCAGUGGUUAUUCUUCUGUAAAGAGACCUCCAGCAGUUGAGGUGAGGGGAGUACAAAGGAACUGCUCAUGACUUUUGGACCUGGUCGGAGAGGAAUUUUUCUGCAGUAUUGCUCACCUCCUCCGCCAAUGCACACAUUUCCUUUCCAAACAUCUGAAAAGCUUGUGCCUUUAUCUCCUCUGCUGUUAGAGCUAAGGGGAAUGCAUGGGGGAGAAGUUUAGUCUGACUUUCACAUGCAAAGGCAUAAAAUCUCUACAGGAAGAGGAGGAGAGAUCAGUAAGCAUCCUCAACUCAGUGCAAGGAUGAAAGCUGAGGAAUUACUACCGGAAGAGAGUAGGGCCAGGAACGUGCUUCAUCUCCUCCUUGAGAAGCCUGAACAAGAGCCAAUUCACUGGUGCUGGAGAAAAGCUAUGCUGUGUAGAAACGCUCUGAGGUCAUUUGGUCCAGAGGAAAGUCCUGAUCCAUCCAUACGGUGCAUUGCCACAGCUACGUUAGUUGUUUACCACAGCGAGGAACAAGAAAGUUAGGGAGGGUUUAUGCACACGUGUGUACGUACACACACACACACACACACACGCACGCACGAUCAUUUUGUAGAAAAGACCUGCAGUUUGUUUGUUUAGCCAAAGUAGUCCCUUGUCUAGAUCUAAUCCAUCAGCAGGUUUCCUGACACGCUCCGACUCUCAAGCUCUGGAAGGAAGGCUGGCCUCACUGACUUGCUGUGUGAAUGAGACGAGCGUGCUGCUGCAUAUAUUGGAACUCUGAAGGAAAAAAAAAAAAGGUGGGGGAAUAAGUUAGAGCUGAAAGAGCUCAUAGAAAGCCUAUGCUGUCUUUCAGACAAGUUCUAUUAAUUCUGGUCACCAAGCCACGUUUCUGAAUAGCAUAAAGUAAAUAUUGCUGUGUUUUAGCCAGGUUUCGUGGUUAAUACAUACGCUACAUGUGUGCAUUUAAAAAGUUGGCGCUGUUUUUUACCCUAUUGCCCAUCAUCCAGAACUUUUAUUGAUUUUAAAUAUAUCUGAAAGCAAUUUGAAUAUGAAUAUUUAUGUUCACCGAGGAAAAGAAAAUCACCAGCCUGGCCUAUUGGCUUAAUACUUCUGAAGGGUUGUGAGUAAAUGCUGGCACGCAAGUGCGGCAGUGCAAUUCCCAGAGCCACCUAGGCGGCCUGGUGUCCCUGUCCAUAUUAAAAAUAGUUUUUGCUUCUGCGGCACCAGGCAGGAUUGUUCUUGGGUUAGGCUGAUGGCACAGAAGGAAAAGUCGUCACCCUCUUUCUGCGGCGCUAAUGAGAUAAUUAUGCAAUAAGGGAAACUUGCAAAUAGUUUUGCCAUAGGCAUGAAUGUCAAGGGGCCAAGCGCGCGUGUGUGUAUGUUUUUUGGGGAGAUUAGGUGUGUAUAAAAGCAGGAAUCCUGGGGGAGAGAAUAAAUAAGAGGAGGCUAAACCUGAUUUCAGGCACUUUUAAAUCUUGGUGCUCAUCUAACCUAUUAAACACUUCCUUUUAUUUAGAAAAAAAAAUCUGUUUAGGAACUGUGUGGGGCACGUCUGGCCUCAGAAGUGCUAACUGUUUCUUCCUUUUGUAACCCCACAAGUAAAAUUAACUUCCUACCGAGACAAAGCAAGACCAGUUUAGUGUGCUCUAAGGCACGCACUACACACUGAUGGGUAAACAUUUCAGAGGCUUUACAUGAGAAUACUGGAAAAAACUUUUUAAAACCUCUAAGUAAUGAAGAAGGGCAAAGAAAUAUGUUAAGCAGAGAAUAGAAAGGAUCCUGGAGUCUUUUCCAUUCUUAACUUAGUGCAACAAAGUUUUACACAGCAUAAUGAGAGAAGCCGGGGAGGAGCUGCUGUCAUCUAGUGUGAUUUAUUUUAUUAGUGCAAACUACAGGCUGUAUCAUUCUGACCUCGUGCUAAAUUGAGGUCAGUGUGUGUCACAAACACAAACUCUCCCUAGAGUGAAUAGGAGCUUAGACUGAGGUACGUGUGUUGGAUGUCAGCUCAAUAGAAGUUACACAUGGGGUUUGUCACAUGCUAUACAGUACGUGGCACUGGGGCUAGCAGGUCAGACUUUAUCUUCACUGUAAGGCCUUAAUCUAUAUCUGAGUUAAUCCUGUAGAGCCCACCCAGGUCAAGACCUGGCAUUCUUCUGGUUCUUUGGAGUCAUUAUGGGAAUUAAUCUAUUGUCCUGUGCUAUAGCCUGGCUGGUGGAGUUCCUUGUCUUUGUGAACCGUGAUUAGGUGUAUUCCAGUGUUGUGUUAGCAAAAGCAGGAGGGUAGCUGUUCUGUAUAAAGCAAAUUGCUUGUUCGUUAACACAAAUGCUUAUAGCAGUAGGAGCAAUCUUUGAAAGCACUAUGUGAAAAGAUUAUCAACCAGACAGGGUAUCAGAGCAGAAGGGAUGGAAGAUUUCUGCCUGACCAUCCACGUUAGUCACCUAGGGUUGAUCAGGAAAGGGAUUCUUUGGCAGCCCACUGCACUGACCAACCUGGUGGCUUUUUUUUGAGUGUUCAGGAAGAAGUGGUGACUUUCCUAAGCUAAACCUGGAUCCGGUUACUCCUUUUUGCAACAGUGCAAUCACUAUUUGCAUAGAAGCUACUGUUCCUUUAACAAUUCCCUAGUAAGAAAUUAAAGAUAGUGAGCAGGAGUCUAAGCUGAGCACUGCUGAGAAGCCUGUUGACAUUUUCUUUUCCUUGACAGAGCUUCAGGUCUUGCUGUAGGGAGCUAACAUGGGAAGUCGGUAAUAACUUGUCAGGGAGAAAUGGCGAAUAACAAAAGUAUCUGAGUCGAACUAAGCUGCUAAUGUAUCUAAAAAUGUGUGUGGAGUUAACGUGAACUAUAUGGGCUGUAAAUUAAGAUAACAGUCAAGCCUCACUAAUCUACACUUCACUAGACCACACGCUUCUUAGUGCACGCCAAAAAUGUGCAGUCUCUUCCCCUGCCUCAGCCAACAGCUAAUAGCAGAUGCUGCAGGGAAGUCUCCUGUUACUAAGAUUACAUUAUUUUUACAGCAUUUACUCAAGUGUUCACUGAGACACAAUCAAUGCUCAUAAAUAAUGAAGACAGAGCUCAGGUGGACCAAAAGUGAAACACUGGGUGCAACUUGGCGCUCUGUGGACAAUCCCCGCCAGGGCCUGGGAGGGCUUUGGAGGGGAGCACGGGCCUUAGGCCAUCCGUGUCCUGCAGGCUAAUUUUUGCCCUUUUGGACUAACUCACUAAAUAUGCCGUUUUGUAUUGCCUGCAGUCAUCAGUGCAAACUAGUGAUGCCCUAUUUAUGUUCUUCCUUAGUUGUAUAAAUAAUGACUUAAUUUCAUUUUUUAAAUACUCUUGGGAUUGCACUUCUGCCUUUAUGCCUCAGAGCUCAAAUUUGAAGUGGGGCAGCCCUUGAGUGGGUGUUCACCCUCAAGAAACACUUUGGAUUUGUCAGAUUUCUCCCUAGUUUUAAGGCACUGAGGAUAUUUUACCUUAGUUUUGCAUCAUCACACAGUGAUUAGGUUAACACGCAGUGUUUGCAGGGCGAGCUCUUCAUCUCUCAUUCACCCAAAGAAUGCGCAGCGAUGAUAUGAAAUACCUAAUGGCCUGGAGGAGAAUUUGACUGUGUCUAUGCUCUACCUGAUACAUCUAAUUUCAGAACUCUGAGACCAGUUUGCUUCUGAAACAUGGCACUGACCAUGCAUAUUGCUCAGUCUCCAGACAGAUAGGGUCAGGACUUACAAGUCCUUCUGCCCUUCCAGGAGAGCCCCUCGUGCUUGCUUCUGCCAGGAGGUCUACCUGUACUGCAGGUUAGCGCUAUCUGAAGGAUGCUGGGCACUGAGCAGAUGCAGAUCCUCCACCCCCUACCUUGUACCAAGUGCCUUUGGGCAUGGCCUGGGGGCUCUCCCGUGGGUGGGUGUUGCAGGCACAGCUAAAAUGCCUUUCAAAGAAGGAGCAUUUUGAAUUCAAAUCCAGGUAAUAUCCCUAGCCGUAGCUGGUAAAAGUCACUGUGGACAGUGUAAUGAGGUGCUUAACCUUCUGAGUCGUCUUCAUCUCUUAUGAAAGUGAUGACUGGACUGGCACACAGCUGACCAGACAGGCCCUGCGUGAGCACCUGUCACUUGCCAAGUGAGUGGACAGACAGUGACACUUUCAUUUAGCAUGUUGCUUACCUGAAGCCGUUCGACUUCUCUUCCAAAGCCCUCUAUGUGGCAACUCUGUCCCAAAUCCACUCUGAAGCGCUGUUUUCCAGCCAUGUUCGGAGAGGGGUAGUCCUGCGGUGCUGUCCAUUCUGUAAUGCAAUGGCGUGGUUGCCUGUGUCUCUUAGGCCAUGGCCACUGGACUCUCGUAGCAGCAGCAAAGGCAGAGCAACCCUCUCCAGACUCGGAGCCCCUGUUACUUUGAAAGUGACAUUUUAGUGCUGCCCAAACUGGGCCUUUGACAAGACCUGAGUUUUUGGGUGUGCUGUGUGGAGAGGAAGGGUGGUUUCUAGAGCUUAAUCUUUCCAGUGCUGAGCCUUCUGGGUUGACUACAAGCAAUUCCAGUUGGAAUAGAGUUAAACAUACACUUACAUAUUUUCUGGAUCGUAUAGGAAAGGUUUAGUGCUUUUCUUGGUGAAACUAUAUGCAUUGACUAGUUUCUUCUUAGAGCUUUCCCUUUCUUUGUGAGAUUGGGUCAAGUUUUCUCAGUUUGACCACACAGUUACAGAGUUCUGUUGCUAUUUGAUUCUUACUAUUCUCAUAAUACUGUUCACAGUGAUCUCUCAGAACUGCAUAGCUUUAGCAGGGUAAGAGGGUCCUCCUCUUGCCUGAAAGUUUCAUUAUCCCCCAGACAUCAAGAGAGCCUCCACUACACUUACUUAAAUGCGUGUGACUAGACCUGCUUACCUGGAGAAGGCCACAGAACAGGUCAGAAAUCCAGUGGGAGCAAAGAAUAACUCUUUCCAUACUUUUACCUAGUAGCAAGAUUAAUGGAUUAAUUUGUACUGUUUGCAAGUACAAAUCAGGGUCCUGUGCUGCUUGGCCACAUAAGUGAAUCGCAAAAGUGAUUGCUUCUCUGUGACCUGCAGAAAGCCCAGACAACCUGGAUUGGUUUAUCUUGGCCCUGGAAUGUGCUUUUGGAUGGGCUAUCUGGAAGGGUGAGUGGACUGAGAAGUGAAAUAGCUUGGCAGAGACAACUGCUGUUAUUAGAAGAGAGGGAGGGGAGAGAUGCCUCAGUCUUCCCUGAAGAGUUGUGAUAAAGCUUUCUCCUCUGGUUCCUUCCUCCAAUUCUGGGAAGGGAGGAAAAGAGCUGUGUUGUGAGUUUGUGAAGCUUUGUUAUCUCCUGAAGCAGAGCCUUUUCUGGCGCCAAGCUGAGUCCCGUCUUCUGAGAAAGGGAGCAUUCCCUACCAGCAGCCCCGACAGCUUGCUGUUGCUAGCCACCAACUAUUCCAUGCUCCACCUACACCAAAUCCUGCUCUUGUUGCUCUCCGGUACCCUAACCCUACCAUUUUCUGGGUUACAGCAGGCCACUAGAUUGUUCUCUGGCCUUUUUUUUUUUUUUUUCCUGCCUCAUGGACCCACAGGAACUAUCAGUGAAAUAAUUUCGGUCCUGGCAAGGAAUGUCUUUCACGGAAAGUUAAUGGGGACUUUUCCUUGGGUGUUGCUCCUGGGUUUGUUCCUACCCACCCAGGCGAAUGGAGGUGGCUUGUUAAUCCAGGGGACCUCAGUCUUUCUGUGCUAACGUUUGAAAUCUAGGAGUCCUUUCAUGUGGAUUUAUAGCCCAUUCCUUUACAGCGUAGACAGAAAGUAAAAUAGCUGUGUGUUGAUGCUGCUCCAAAGCCUUCCUUUAUGUAUCAAGAAGGUCAGACAAGUUCUUCCAAAGUCUGCUAGGAAUGAGUCCCAAAGCAGCUCUGUGGACAGUGGAUACACCCUAGUGUCCUCAGAGCUGAACUUGGGUAACAGCGGUACCCAUGUGGAUAUGACCUAGAGAGGCUUCACAGUCAUAAGAGCUGUGCUCAAACAGUGUUCCCCUCUCUGCUGAAAUCUAGUCAGCCUAGCUGAAACGCGUGUAGUUCAUGCAAAGCUUUAGGCGGUCUCCUCUGAGAGAUGGGGAUUUUUUGGUAUUGUUUUGUUUUGGUUUUGUUUUCCUCAGCAUCUCUGUAGACAAUGAAGAAAAAUAAAAGUGGGUAAAUGACAAAUUCUGUGUGGACCAGCCCAGCCCUAGGCACUCAUGCAAAAAUCUAACAAUGAAGAAAAGGCUAAUAUAUUGCUAAAAUGUCACUGUGUAGAGCCAGAAGGUCAGCACUUUUGUAAUUAUGGAGUGAUGAAGCCAAGGGGAAAAGCCAACAUUAACAAAAAGACGUGAUUGUUUUAAAUUCUGACCACCUUACUGGGUGGUUUCCCUGAGAAGAUGUUCCAGAUGUAAUCUUGGCAUAAAUUAAUCAGUUGCAAAACAUCUGCAGGGUUUCUUAGAAAACGUGGAAUUUAGCAGAUACUGUGUAUGCUCCAGCUUAACCCUCUGGUUCAUAUUUUGAUUCAGGAAACAAAUGCAAGCACUUGCUCUUCUAACCGUAAACAGCUCAUAGACUGGAAAGUUGUUUAACGUUGUUUCUCGACCUUUUGUGAAAAAGGGCUCCAGAUGAGAUAAAACAAUUAGGCAGCUGAGCCCCUGGGACUGUGUGUGCAUGUGUGUGUUGGAAUAGUCUGUUCAACUUGAAAACCUCCCCCUGCACCUCCUUCUGCACCCGAAGUGUAGCCAUUGUUCCUGGAGGUCAAAUAUUCAGCUGUUUGAGUGACAGGAUCUUUAACAGCAUCUUUUUCAUCAGUGAGCCAAGUCCUGUGCCCGCUUGUCUGUCAUAUCUGUACUCGAAUUGCUUAAAUAUUGUUUCAGAUGGGGAGGUUUUAAUCUGGAUAUGCAGAGCGGAGUAAUGCUGUGGGGGAAUGUUUAAUUGGCUCCCAGCAGAGCAGCGAGAGCCAUGGUGGUGUGUGGGUUUUUUCCUCCAGAAGUGUUACCAUUUUCACGUUCUAUUAAUGUCCUCUGGUAGUUUAAAUGCAGCAUCAUAUUACAGUGGAGUUUGUUUCCCUCCCAGACUGCAUACAAAUGAAGGUCAUUUUACUUGUAUUUUUAGAAGGUUGAGAAAACUUAGCAAAUUUGUAGCUUUGAACAGCAUUGUUGACUGUUGUAUGUCUGCACAAAAAUAUUUCCAAUAAACCUUUUAUUAAAGCAA